AUGAAUCUAAAGGCAAAGCCUCCGAAGGGCAAACGUAUACCUUCUGCUCCACUUCCACGUCAAGGUGUCGACAAAGGGAAUAACAGUGAAGAAAUAGUUGUUAAUUCGGUUGUUGUGGACAACACUAAUGAAAUCGCUGCUCUUCGUUCAGAAAUAGAAAGACUUCAAGCAAUCCAUGCAGCUGAAACUCAACAGUUCAAAAAUCGCUUGCAAGCACUCGAAAGUGCACCAAAACUUACCCAUAUUCCACUAGAAUCAACUAUUUUAGAAUCCGGAAAUAAUCAUAAUGAGUUGAAAACAAUGCAAAAUAAACUGAUCGAAUUUGGUAACUCUCUCAAAGAGUUUGAUACAAGAAUGGAAAAGAUGCAAAAGAUUAUGGCUUUUGAAAAACGAUUUCCAAGAUGGAUUACAGCAAUUUUAGCUAUAGCUCAAAUUGUUCUAACUGCAGCUAUUAUUGGUUUUGAAUUUGGUUCUAUUUAUUAUGAUGUCGCACAUGGUACCAUUUGGGCUGGCUUUUGGGCCAGUCUUGUCUUUAUUAAAACAUUUUUGAUGAUGUUUUCUUGUUGUUGUCGAGGUCGAUGUUGUGCUACUUAUAUUCUAAUUCUAAAUAUAUUCAGUGGAGUAUUGGCUUGUGUAAUUAUUUACUUUGAUGCAUACUUUAUGGGCAAUCUUUGUAAAUGCUAUUUAGGUGAUAACUUAUGUUGCAGUCUACAUGGUUUCAGUAGUUUCACGUCGAACUAUGGUAACGUUGUGAAAGACUGCGUGCCGAUUUCUUUAAAUGGAGUACAAACUGUGACUGAUUCUUGUUUCGCUUUUCCUCCAACGAGUAAACUGGCUUUUCUAAAAGCACAAUUAGGUUGUGCGGUUGGUAUGCUAGUUGUCUGUGGCCUCUACGUUGUUCUCUAUUUAUUUGCUUGUUUCGGUAUUUGUUUUGGUCAUGAUUGA